UACGAGUUCCCCCCGAAUCACAAUGCCGGCAACACCGGUGCGUGCUUCAAGUACUCGAAUAAGCAGACGUACAUCAUCAAGAUCAGUGGCUGAUGAUCAGCCAUCAACUUCGUCUGCGGUGGCUCCACCUCCUUCACCCAUUGCCAUAGAAACUGAUGAAGAUGCGGUAGUUGAGGAGGAGAAAAAGAAGAAAAAGACAUCAGAUGAUUUGGAAAUUAUCACUCCAAGAACUCCAGUCGAUCGGCGAAUUCCCUACAUUUGCUCGAUUCUUUUGACUGAAAAUCGAUCGAUUCGCGAUAAAUUGGUUCUGAGCAGCGGUCCAGUUCGUCAAGAAGAUCACGAAGAACAGAUUGCUCGAGCUCAACGGAUACAGCCAGUUGUCGAUCAAAUUCAACGAGUCGAGCAAAUCAUACUCAAUGGUUCAGUGGAAGAUAUUCUGAAAGAUCCUCGAUUCGCAGUAAUGGCAGAUCUCACAAAAGAACCACCACCAACACCUGCACCUCCUCCUCCAAUCCAGAAGACAAUGCAACCGAUUGAGGUGAAAAUUGAGGAUUCAGAGGGCUCAAAUACGGCUCAACCGAGUGUUCUGCCCAGUUGUGGAGGAGGAGAGACGAAUGUGGAAAGAGCCGCCAAAAGAGAAGCGCAUGUAUUGGCUCGAAUCGCCGAGCUCCGUAAGAACGGCUUAUGGUCGAACAGUCGUCUGCCAAAGUGCGUCGAACCUGAACGUAAUAAAACGCAUUGGGAUUAUCUACUGGAAGAGGUCAAAUGGAUGGCAGUUGAUUUCCGAACCGAGACGAAUACGAAGCGAAAAAUCGCCAAAGUUAUAGCUCACGCCAUUGCGAAACAGCACCGCGACAAGCAGAUCGAGAUUGAGAGAGCCGCCGAACGGGAGAUCAAGGAGAAGCGAAAAAUGUGUGCAGGAAUCGCGAAGAUGGUACGGGAUUUCUGGUCGUCUACGGAUAAAGUUGUGGAUAUUCGAGCGAAGGAAGUUCUGGAGUCGAGGCUCAGGAAGGCGAGAAAUAAGCAUUUGAUGUUUGUAAUUGGACAAGUCGAUGAAAUGAGCAAUAUUGUGCAAGAAGGACUUGUUUCAUCGUCGAAAUCCCCAUCAAUUGCAUCGGAUCGAGAUGAUAAAGAUGAAGAAUUCAAAGCACCUGGCUCUGAUUCAGAAUCUGACGAUGAGCAGACAAUUGCAAACGCGGAAAAGUCACAGAAAAAGGAAGAUGUUCGACAGGAAGUUGAUGCUCUUCAAAACGAGGCAACUGUGGAUAUGGAUGACUUUUUGUACACUUUACCGCCGGAAUAUCUGAAGGCUUAUGGUCUGACGCAGGAGGAUUUGGAGGAGAUGAAGCGCGAGAAAUUGGAGGAGCAGAAGGCUCGGAAGGAAGCUUGUGGUGAUAAUGAGGAGAAAAUGGAGAUUGAUGAAAGCCCAUCAUCAGAUGCUCAAAAGCCUUCCACCUCAAGCUCAGAUCUCACCGCCGAGCAGCUUCAAGAUCCAACAGCUGAAGACGGCAACGGUGAUGGUCAUGGUGUACUUGAAAACGUGGAUUACGUGAAGCUCAACAGUCAGGAUAGUGAUGAACGACAACAAGAGUUGGCGAAUAUCGCAGAAGAAGCGCUGAAAUUCCAGCCAAAAGGAUAUACACUUGAGACGACACAAGUCAAGACGCCCGUACCAUUCCUGAUUCGAGGACAACUGAGAGAAUAUCAAAUGGUUGGAUUGGAUUGGAUGGUUACACUUUAUGAGAAGAAUUUGAAUGGAAUUCUUGCCGACGAGAUGGGCCUGGGAAAGACGAUUCAAACGAUUUCCCUGCUGGCUCAUAUGGCUUGUAGUGAAUCGAUUUGGGGACCACACUUGAUUGUUGUGCCGACGUCUGUCAUUCUGAAUUGGGAGAUGGAGUUCAAGAAAUGGUGUCCGGCUCUGAAGAUUUUGACGUAUUUUGGUACGGCGAAGGAGCGUGCCGAGAAGCGGAAGGGAUGGAUGAAGCCGAAUUGUUUCCAUGUGUGCAUCACAUCAUACAAGACGGUUACUCAAGAUAUUAGAGCUUUUAAGCAGAGGGCCUGGCAGUACCUAAUUCUCGAUGAAGCUCAAAAUAUCAAAAACUGGAAGUCCCAACGUUGGCAGGCUCUUCUGAAUGUCCGUGCUCGACGUCGCCUUCUCCUGACCGGAACUCCACUUCAGAACUCUCUAAUGGAACUGUGGUCGUUGAUGCAUUUUUUGAUGCCAACAAUAUUCUCAAGUCAUGAUGAUUUCAAGGAUUGGUUCUCGAAUCCGUUGACAGGGAUGAUGGAAGGAAAUAUGGAAUUCAAUGCUCCACUAAUCGGACGACUUCACAAAGUGCUCCGUCCGUUUAUUCUGCGGCGGCUCAAGAAGGAAGUUGAGAAGCAGCUGCCAGAGAAGACUGAGCAUAUUGUGAAUUGUUCGUUGUCAAAGCGGCAGAGAUACCUGUACGAUGACUUUAUGAGUCGUAGAUCAACAAAGGAGAAUCUAAAGUCUGGAAAUAUGAUGUCGGUGCUCAACAUUGUGAUGCAACUCCGAAAAUGUUGUAAUCAUCCGAAUCUCUUCGAGCCGCGGCCAGUUGUUGCUCCGUUCGUCGUUGAGAAGCUUCAGCUCGAUGUUCCGGCUCGUCUCUUUGAAAUUUCGCAGCAAGAUCCCUCCUCCUCCUCAGCUAGUCAAAUUCCGGAAAUUUUCAAUUUAUCCAAAAUCGGCUAUCAAUCUUCCGUUCGAUCUGCAAAACCACUCAUCGAAGAGCUUGAAGCAAUGAGCACUUAUCCGGAGCCACGAGCACCAGAAGUUGGCGGAUUUCGGUUCAAUCGGACGGCUUUUGUUGCAAAGAAUCCGCAUACGGAAGAGUCGGAGGACGAAGGUGUUAUGAGAAGUCGUGUUCUGCCAAAACCAAUUAAUGGAACAGCUCAACCACUUCAAAAUGGAAAUUCAAUACCACAAAAUGCUCCAAAUCGUCCACAAACUUCAUGCAUUCGUUCAAAAACCGUCGUAAAUACAGUUCCACUGACCAUCUCCACCGAUCGAAGUGGUUUUCAUUUUAAUAUGGCCAAUGUUGGAAGAGGUGUUGUUCGUUUGGAUGAUUCAGCACGUAUGAGCCCACCGCUCAAACGUCAGAAGCUCACCGGAACUGCAACGAAUUGGAGUGAUUAUGUUCCGCGACACGUUGUUGAAAAGAUGGAAGAAUCGAGAAAAAACCAGCUGGAAAUUGUUCGAAGGCGAUUUGAGAUGAUUCGUGCUCCGAUUAUUCCACUGGAAAUGGUUGCGCUGGUUCGAGAGGAAAUUAUUGCAGAAUUUCCACGUUUGGCUGUGGAAGAGGACGAGGUUGUGCAGGAGAGGCUUUUGGAGUAUUGCGAGUUGUUGGUGCAAAGAUUCGGAAUGUACGUCGAACCAGUGCUGACCGAUGCUUGGCAGUGUCGUCCAUCAUCGUCUGGUCUUCCAUCAUAUAUUCGCAACAAUUUAUCAAAUAUCGAGCUGAAUUCUCGUUCUCUUCUCCUCAACACCUCCACUAAUUUCGAUACCCGAAUGUCGAUCUCACGUGCUCUUCAAUUCCCAGAACUCCGUCUGAUCGAGUACGAUUGUGGAAAGCUUCAGACGUUGGCUGUUCUGCUUCGUCAGUUGUACCUGUACAAGCACAGAUGUCUGAUCUUCACGCAAAUGUCAAAGAUGCUCGACGUUCUGCAGACCUUCCUUUCUCAUCACGGUUAUCAGUAUUUCCGCCUCGACGGUACCACUGGUGUCGAACAAAGACAGGCGAUGAUGGAGCGGUUCAACGCGGAUCCCAAGGUGUUUUGCUUCAUUCUGUCGACGAGAUCCGGUGGUGUUGGAGUCAAUCUAACCGGUGCUGACACUGUGAUCUUCUACGAUUCGGAUUGGAAUCCGACGAUGGAUGCUCAGGCUCAGGAUAGAUGUCAUCGUAUCGGACAGACGAGGAAUGUCUCGAUUUAUCGAUUGAUUUCCGAGCGAACAAUUGAGGAGAAUAUUCUGAGAAAGGCAACACAGAAGCGGCGACUUGGAGAGUUGGCAAUUGACGAGGCUGGCUUCACACCCGAGUUCUUCAAACAAUCUGACAGUAUUCGGGAUCUUUUUGAUGGAGAGAAUGUGGAAGUGACUGCUGUGGCAGAUGUUGCGACGACGAUGAGCGAGAAAGAAAUGGAGGUUGCGAUGGCAAAGUGUGAAGAUGAAGCUGAUGUGAAUGCGGCGAAGAUUGCGGUGGCCGAGGCGAACGUUGAUAAUGCGGAGUUUGAUGAGAAAUCAUUGCCGCCGAUGAGCAAUUUGCAAGGAGAUGAGGAGGCUGAUGAGAAGUAUAUGGAGUUGAUACAACAGCUCAAACCAAUCGAACGAUAUGCCAUUAACUUUCUUGAGACACAGUACAAGCCAGAAUUUGAGGAAGAAUGCAAAGAGGCAGAGGCUCUUAUCGACCAAAAACGCGAAGAAUGGGACAAAAAUCUCAACGAUACCGCCGUCAUUGACCUCGACGAUUCGGAUAGUCUGCUGCUCAACGAUCCUUCGACUUCUGCCGAUUUUUAUCAGAGCUCAAGUCUUUUAGACGAGAUAAAAUUCUACGACGAGCUGGACGAUAUCAUGCCAAUCUGGCUUCCACCAUCACCACCAGAUUCGGAUGCGGAUUUCGACUUGAGAAUGGAAGAUGAUUGUCUCGAUCUGAUGUAUGAAAUUGAACAAAUGAACGAGGCUCGCCUACCACAAGUUUGUCAUGAAAUGAGACGUCCGUUGGCUGAAAAACAGCAGAAACAGAACACGUUGAAUGCGUUUAAUGACAUUCUAUCGGCAAAAGAAAAGGAAUCGGUGUACGAUGCGGUCAACAAGUGCCUUCAAAUGCCACAAUCCGAAGCGAUCACAGCAGAAUCUGCAGCGUCUCCAGCAUACACGGAACACUCAUCAUUCUCGAUGGAUGAUACAAGCCAGGAUGCGAAGAUUGAGCCAAGUUUGACUGAAAAUCAACAACCCACCACCACCGCCACUACUACUACUACAGUACCCCAACAACAACAACAACAGCAGCAGCAAAAAUCGUCGAAAAAGAAGAGAAAUGAUAAUCGAACGGCUCAAAAUCGAACAGCUGAAAAUGGUGUGAAACGAGCGACAACUCCACCACCAUCAUGGCGUGAAGAGCCAGAUUAUGAUGGAGCCGAAUGGAAUAUAGUUGAAGAUUAUGCACUACUUCAAGCAGUUCAAGUCGAAUUUGCAAAUGCUCAUUUAGUCGAAAAAUCGGCGAAUGAGGGAAUGGUGUUGAACUGGGAAUUCGUGUCGAAUGCCGUUAAUAAGCAGACAAGAUUUUUCCGCUCGGCCCGUCAAUGCUCAAUUCGAUAUCAAAUGUUUGUUCGGCCAAAAGAGCUCGGACAGUUGGUGGCUUCUGAUCCGAUUUCCAAGAAAACGAUGAAAGUCGACCUAUCGCAUACUGAAUUAUCUCAUUUGAGAAAAGGACGAAUGACUACGGAGAGCCAAUAUGCUCAUGAUUAUGGAAUAUUGACUGAUAAGAAACAUGUGAAUAGAUUUAAAAGUGUUCGAGUGGCGGCAACACGGAGACCUGUUCAGUUUUGGAGAGGCCCUAAAGCUCUAGAAUCUCGAAAUCUGCAAUCUCUAAACGGCGGAAUGCCACCACGACACGAGUCGAGACUCGCCGAAUUCGACGUAAAAACCAAUAUUCGCCUGGACGCCGAGGACAUUGUCACAAUGUCCGACGAGUCGAUUGUCGCCUAUGAAGCGAGCAAGAAGAAGCUACUGGCCAGUCGUCAAACAAAACCCUCACCACGUCAAGAUGUCCGAUUCCAUACGCUGGUUCUUCGGCCGUAUACCGUACCUGUGACAACUGAGUACUCGGCUGCACCUUCUCGUCGUGAAAUGCGCAUCGCUGUUCCACCGCUUCAGCCUUCGGCUUUAUCUACGAUUUCCUCAGUUGCUGCUGCUGCCACGUCUGGGCCACUACCAUCAAUUCAGCAUUUGCAGUCGUCGUCUACGGGCUUGGGAUCUCAGCAAAAUUUGCAAAAUUCGCAUAAUUCUGAGCAAAGAAAUAAUGUGCAAAAUAUGCAUCAAAAUCAAUAUAAUUCAAGUCAAAAUCCGCCAAUACCUAUCCGACAAAUCGGAGCAGCAUCAUCACACCAACAUGAUCAAGGAUCUCAGGGGCCUGGGGGAAAACCACAAGCCUAUCACCUGGUGCAACAGGGAUCACAGCAACAGCAGCAGCAGCAGCAGCAGGCGACGUUACAGCGAAGAAAUGCGGCGGCGGCGGCAGGGUCGAAUGUGCAGUUUAUUCAGCAGCAGCAGCAGCAGCAGCAAUCGGGUAAAAAUUGCGGUCAAGGACAAAGCUUCGUUGUCAUGGGCUCGCAGAGCUCAUCAAAUGAUGGACAAGGUGGAGCAUCGACCGUCGGAGGAGGAGGAGGAGGAUCACAACAGCCUCACCAGCAGCAGCAGCAGCAGCCACAACAAAGAAUACAGUACAUUCCACAAGUUACCGGUAGCGGAAAUAACGGUGGAGGUGGUGGAAGAGGAGGCUACGGUAGUACACUGGUCAUGCCAAGAGGAGGACGUGUUGUCAGGCCAGCGGGAACUCUACCAGGCGGUGGACGUCUGUAUGUCGAUCAUAACCGUCAUCCAUAUCCAAUGUCGUCAAAUGUUGUGCCAGUACGUGUUCUACCAGCCACGCAACAAGGACAACAACGAAUGAUGACAGGACAACGUCGUCCGGCUCCAGCGCCCGGUACUGUCGCCGCAAUGGUGUUGCCGAAUCGAGGAGCUGGUGGAAUUCCGCAAAUGCGCAGUUUGCAACGAGGCAGUUACACCGGCGGUGGUGGUCAGCAACGAAUCAACGUGAUGGUUCAACCACAACAAAUGCGCAGCAACAAUGGCGGUGGAGUCGGUGGCCAAGGAGGCCUCCAGGGUGGUCCAGGAGGUCCGCAAGGAAUUCGUCGGCCACUCGUCGGACGGCCACUACAACGAGGAGUCGAUAAUCAGGCGCCGACGGUUGCUCAGGUCGUUGUUGCUCCGCCGCAAGGAAUGCAGCAGGCAUCACAAGGACCACCCGUACUUCAUAUGCAGAGAGCGGUUUCCAUGCAAAUGCCGACGAGUCAUCAUCAUCAAGGCCAACAGCAGGCUCCUCCGCAGAGCUCACAGCAGGCUUCGCAACAGGCUCCCACAUCGGAUUCUGGGACGAGUGCUCCGCCACGACAAGCACCACCACCACAAAACUAGAAUUUUCCCCUAUUAUCCUAUUUUACCCCCCAAAACUCUAUUAAUUAAAUAAUUUCCUUCCUAUUUUUUUCUUCGUGUGAAGAUUAUUUGUCCCCCAACCAAGGGUGUCGGUUUUUCGAUUUUUCGACGUUUUUCAAAAAAAUUUCGAUUUUUCGAAAAAUUAGCUUCAUAUUUUGGCUAUUACUCUGCUUUUUAGAAGAAAUUUGUAUGUUUUUUCUUGAAAAUAUAAGCAAAAUUAGAUUUAAAAAAAAUCAUAUUUUAUGGUUAAUUUUCUGAACAUAUUUUUCAAUUUUCGAUUUUCACAGAAAAACAUCGAAGAAUCGACAAAAUCGAAAAAUAUGUUCCGAAAAUUAACCAUAAAAUAUGAUUUUUUUUAAAAUCUAAUUGUGAUUAUAUUUAUAAGAAAAAACAUACAAAUUUCUUCUAAAAAGCAGAGUAAUAGCCAAAAUAUGAAGCUAAUUUUUGAAAAAACGAAAAAUUUUCGAUUUUCCAAAGAAUCGAAAAAUCGAAAAAUGACACCCUUGCCCCCAACUAUCUCUGUAUAUUAUUCAUCUAUUAUUGAUUGUUUCUUUUUGUUCCUCGAAAUUUUUUGAAAUUAAAGUUCUCUUCCCCACCCCGAUUUCCGUUGCUUUAUUAAUCGCGAUUGAUUAAUUGUUUUUCCAUAAAUCCCCAACUAUUUAUCUCUGUAUAUUAUUCAUUUAUAUUAUUUAUCUUUUAUCUGUGUCGAUUUACGGUAUCUCCGGGCCGUAUGAUUUUGAAUUCUCUUCUCAAAUAAAAUUGUUUUUCAUCUAA